CGGUUCCGCGUCCCUCGCGUCGUGUGCGAGAUCGUCGCCGGCAUCCUCCUGGGCCCGACCGCGUUCGGCCGCGUGCCGGGCUUCACCGACAACAUCUUCCCGCCCGAGUCGAUCAGCUACCUCACCCUCAUCAGCAACCUCGGCCUCGUCCUGUUCCUGUUCUGCGUUGGGACCGACGUCGACUUCAGCCUCUUGCGCCGCAACGCCAAGCCGACCAUCGCCGUGUCGACCGCCGGCCUCCUCGUCCCGUUCGCCCUCGGGUGCGGCGUCAGCUUCGGCCUGUACGACGCCUUCAUCCCGGACGACGUGUCGCAGUCGACCUUCCUCGUCUUCAUCGGGACGUCGAUGAGCAUCACGGCGUUCCCGGUCCUGUCGCGCAUCCUCGGCGACCUGCACCUGUUCCAGGACCCGGUCGGCCUCGUCGUCUUGGCGUCGGGCGUCGUCAACGACGUUCUCGGAUGGUGCCUCCUGUCGCUCGCCAUCGCCUUAGCUUCGUCUGGCAGCGGCGUC